UAGAGCAGUAUUCUCUGGCCUCUUUUUCCAAGCAGAAGCAGAGAUUUGUGGACAGCGAGCUGGAGUGAAGACAUAGCGGGUUGCUGUGUGACUUUUACAUUUCCCUGAGUGCCUGAGAAGUAAACUAUACCAAGGCGUCAAUUCAAGGGCAGAAACUCUUUCAAACUUCUCUUUGGAAGGCCACCAUGCUGGAGGACAAGAAGACCAAGGUGAAGAUCACUUUCUUGGUUAUCCUGGUUGGCAUCUCGUCCAUGUUGGCGGCGGUGGUGACGGACCACUGGGCAGUGCUGAGUCCAAGGGUGGAGCAGCUCAACACCACCUGCGAAGCGGCCCACUUUGGACUCUGGAGGCUGUGUAAAAAGAGCAUUUUCAUUGUGGAGGAAGACCCUCAGGGUAAAGGCUGUGGCCCUAUCAGCCUGCCAGGAGUCAAGAACUGCUCCUACUUCAAACACUUCACAUCAGGGGAAGAGGCUGAAGUUUUUGAAGUAAAGACUCAGAAAGAGUACAACAUCUCCGCUGCCGCCAUUGCCAUCUUCAGUUUGGCCUUCAUGACCCUGGGCAGUCUCUGCCUCCUGGGGGCUUUUGGGAAGGGCAGAGACUACCUGCUGAGACCGGCUGGCAUGUUCUUUGCUUUUGCAGGUCUGUGCAUCGUCAUCUCGGUGGAGAUCAUGAGGCAGUCGGUCAAACGCAUGAUUGACAGCGACGAGACCAUAUGGAUCGAGUACUACUAUUCGUGGUCCUUCGCUUGCGCCUGCGCCGCCUUCACCCUCCUCUUCCUCAGCGGCAUCAGCCUCCUCAUCAUCUCCAUGCCACACAUGCCCAGAAACCCCUGGGAGACCUGCAUGGACGCCGAACCAGAGCCCAUAGACUAGUGUAGCGUGACUGACAGUAGUCACACUAGCAGAGCGAAUGAUAAUGAUGCAUUGCAUUUGUAGAUGAUGAUAGUGAUGCAUUGAUCAUUUUUAACUAAGCAUUGACAGAGACGUCAAAUUAUUUAAAGGGAUAGAUUUUACCAAACUUCUUUUUUCUAUUUAUUUGUAUAGAUUCGUUGAAAUUGUGCUCAGCAGAAGUCAGUCAGUCAUACAGGUUUCAAGUAAAUGAUUACAUUCAACUAUCCCAUUAAGGUCUAUGUGAAAUAUCUAACGUGAAUUUUGUAUGUUUUACGGCAUAUGGGAAUUAUUAUGCGCAUUCAUGCUUAUAUGCAAUAGACGACAGCUUGGAAUGUAUAUUUAGGGACUUGUUUUUAAUAUGUAAACUUUACAAUGUUAUUUAUGAAAUUUCUGCCAUUGAACGUGAUGAUGGGUGACCAUCAAAGUAGAAGCAAUGCAUAUAUGUUGUACAACCAGUUUUGGCAAAUACAGAUUCAAUUUAUUAUAGUAGUGACAUUUUAAUAGUUUUUUUUUUUCAACAGCUUUCCUUUUUAACAGUUGCAUAUUGUAAUAGUAGUGAGAUGAAUCUAAUAACGUUACUAGUACAGGUUUACUUCCCAGGUAUUUUAAGCUGUUAUAUUCUUUACACACAUUACACUUGGACUUCCUGCUUUUGAGCGAGGGAAUCUUAAAGAUCCGCCUCGAGAAAGACUGUUAAAAGCCCACAAACAUUUUCUGUGUUGAUGUAUUUGGGACAGGACAUAUUGAAGUUCUCGCAAAUGAACAUUCUGUCAUUAAUUACUCACCCUCCAAACCCAUAAGACCUUGGUUCAUCUUCAGAACACAAAUUAAGACAUUUUUGUUUAUAUCCAAGUUUUC